AACUCCCAUCGUCAUGGAUAUUCAGUCUGCCAUAUCAAAAUUAAAUGCCUAUGCAAAUAUGCCCACACCUAUGAGGCUGAGGGACUUAAUAAGACAAAUUCGAGCAGCUCGCACUGCUGCUGAUGAAAGAGCUGUUGUACAAAAAGAGUGUGCAUACAUUCGUUCUUUGUUUCGUGAAGAAGAUAACACCUGGAGGUGUAGAAAUGUUGCUAAACUAUUGUACAUACAUAUGUUAGGAUAUCAAGCUCAUUUUGGACAGUUGGAGUGCUUAAAAUUAAUAGCUUCGCCUAGAUUUACUGAUAAAAGAAUAGGUUACCUUGGGUCUAUGCUACUUCUUGAUGAAAGGCAAGAUGUACACCUUCUUAUCACAAAUUCACUGAAAAAUGACCUAAGUAGCCAAACUCAGUUUGUUAUUGGUUUAGCACUAUGUGCUUUGGGUGUUAUUUGUUCUCCUGAGAUGAGUAGGGAUUUAGCUGGUGAAGUGGAAAAAUUGUUAAAAACUUCAAAUGCUUAUGUUAGGAAAAAGGCUGCUCUUUGUGCAUUUAGAAUUAUCAAAAAGGUUCCUGAACUAAUGGAGAUGUUUAUUCCGGCCACUAGAUCAUUACUUUCUGAAAAAAAUCAUGGUGUUCUAAUCACUGCAGUUGUACUGAUAACAGAAAUGUGUGAGAAAAGUCCAGAUGCUCUUCAUCAUUUCAAAAAGCUUGUGUCAAAUUUGGUGCGUGUACUUAAAAAUCUAAUUAUGGCCGGUUAUUCCCCAGAACAUGAUGUUUGUGGUGUCAGUGAUCCCUUCUUACAAGUUAAGAUUUUGAGGUUACUUAGAUUAUUGGGGAAAAAUGAUUCUGAAGCUAGUGAAACAAUGAAUGAUAUUUUAGCCCAAGUUGCAACUAACACUGAAACUAGUAAAAAUGUUGGAAACGCAAUUUUGUAUGAAACAGUUCUUUCUAUCAUGGAUAUAAAAUCUGAGAGUGGACUAAGGGUCUUGGUUGUCAAUAUAUUAGGAAGAUUUUUAUUGAACACAGAUAAAAAUAUUCGAUAUGUUGCUUUAAAUACCCUCCUUUGCACAGUUGGAGCUGAUUAUAGUGCAGUUCAAAGACAUCGUAGUACUAUUGUCGAGUGCCUAAAAGAUCCUGAUAUAUCUAUCAGAAAGAGGGCUAUGGAACUUUGUUUUGCAUUGGUGAACUCAAAUAAUAUUCGCUCAAUGACCAAAGAACUACUCAUGUUUUUAGAAAAAGCUGAUCCUGAAUUUAAAUCACAAUGCUCCUCAAAUCUCUUUAUUUGCGCAGAAAUGUAUGCACCUUCUAAACGCUGGCAUAUAGACACAAUGAUAAAAGUUCUCACAAUGGCUGGAAAUUAUGUGAUUGAUGAUGUUGUGGGAAACCUCAUUCAGUUGAUAUCUGAAUCUACUUCUUUACAUACUUAUACUGCCCAGCAAUUGUGGAAGCAGUUGACUGGUGACCUUGCUGUUAAGCAGCCAUUAGUUCAGGUGGCAUCGUGGAGUAUAGGAGAAUUCGGAGACCUUUUAAAUUCAUCAGAAGGUCAAGAUGCAAAACCUGCUAAUGUAACUGCAGAUGACAUCAUAGAUAUGUUUGAAAAAAUCACAUUAAAUAUUCACAUGACUUUGACAACCAAAGAAUAUUCCACCACAGCACUUAUGAAACUGAGUGUUCGCUUUCCAGAUUCUGCUCCGCGUAUAAAACGAUUCCUGGAUAUUUUUGGAACAAAUGUAAACGUGGAGUUGCAGCAACGAGCCAUCGAAUUUUCUUCAUUAUUUAGAAAGUACAACCAUCUACGACCUAGUCUCUUAGAACGCAUGCCAGAUAUGGAAUGUAAAAGUUCAAGCAAUAAUGCCAUACCUAAUGGAGAUGCCGGUGAAGAUGAACUGCUGAGCAAUUCUAUAAAAGAAGAGAAAGAAAACCACAAGAAUGCUGAGGAGUCUAAUGUUCUUCUUGAUCUUUUGUCUGGAUCUUCAGAAAUUUCAGCAUUUAAUUCUGAGUUGCCAGUACCUGUAGUUAAACCUACUAGUGAUGAGCCAAAUUUACUUGACCUCUUAGGAGGUUUGGAGCUUGAACCUCAGGUGCAAAGUUCAUAUCCCCCACCUCCACCACCCACAAAUAUAUUGUUAGACAAAUAUGUUGCCUCUCAAUCUAACACAAAAAGUAUUGCUCCCAUAACAGCUUUUGAUAAAAAUGGUUUAAAGAUUAUGUUUGAAUUUGAAAAGCCUUCAGAUAAUCCUCAAAUGAUCAUUAUCAAUCUCAUUGCCACAAAUCAUUCCUUAGCUCCCAUAAAUGAUUUUUUGUUCCAAGCUGCUGUACCCAAAGUGUUUCAAUUACAGCUACUCCCUCCUACAAAUAAUGUAAUACCUGCCAAUAAUAUGGGUGAGAUACACCAAACGCUCAAAAUACUAAAUCCUAGUAAGAGUCAAUUACGAAUGAAGCUUAGGAUAUCGUACGUAUCAAAUGGAAAUGCUGUUCUAGAGCAAGCAGAAGUAAAUAAUAUACCCCAAGCAGUAUAUCUGUAAAUAAAUUGAUUUUAAGAACUUGUAAGCAAGAUAAUGGCUGGGAAAUCCGAGUGAGACUCCCGUAGUGAUGGACGCUAAAGUUGCUUCAAAAAUUUUGAAGGUUUAUGCCGUCUUUGGCUUCCAUGUAGCUACAUAUGAAAGACUAAGUGAAUGACUAAUGUUUGUAUGCUGAAUUACAGUUAGCUAAAAGAGAAAUAAUUCUAGGAGCUUCUCUUAAAUACCAUAUUUUGCACUCUAUCAUUCCAUUACAAUUUACAAGCCAUGAAAAUAUGAUGAAAAAUUUGUGUAAUUCAUGGGAUCUGAAAUUACAUCCAUAGUUGGAAUUUAGCAAAAUUUUUACAUCAUUUGAAACUUAAAAGUGUGAUAUUACUUCUUAUUACUUCCAGCUAUGGAAAAUUAAAGUAUUUUAUAAUUUUGUAUUAUUUUUAAAAAGGUUAAAAUUGUUCUCUCUGAUACAUAAAUCUUUUGUAUUAUGAAUCAUGUCUUUCACUUACUUUCUUCAAAGUUUUGGAAGUUUGUAGCUGGAUCAAUAUUACUGCUGGCAAUUUGAAAGAUCCAGAUGCCUAGUCUUUGGAAGUAGGAUUUUGUUUGCAUUCUUUAUCGUAUUAAAUUUAUUAUUACAGCUAGUUUAGUUCAAUUUGACUGUAAAUAUGUAUAUUUGAAAAAGCUAAAACAUAACUUUGUGUUCAUUUAUUGUACAUUUUAACUUGUGUCAAAAUAUUCUUACUUUUAAUUUAGUUUGAAACUUAUUUAUAACCAUGUGACACUUAUUUUGGCAAUUUUAUAACUGGUUUAACCGGUUAUUAUUUUAAUUAUAAAAUAUUGCCUAGAUACAUUUUCUUGAAUUUCUGAUUUAGGAUUGGAAAAUAACACAUUAUACAAAUGAAUUUUAAAUUUAUUUCUUCUUUGGUGCGAUUCAAUAUUUUAAAUAUGAAAGGCCAAUUGCAAAAUUGCAUUAUAUGUCUAGCAUGAUUGGUUUUCUAAAAAUUCAUUAAUUUAAACCACAAACAUUUUACAUUUCUAUGUAGAAAAUUUGCUACCAAGAGAAAUCUUACAGGGGUUUUCCCCUUAAAGUUUACAAUUUUAACUGUGUUGUCUUAAACUGAUUUUAGAUUCUGUAAAUAUUUUUUUGAAUUUAUAUUAUUUAGAAAUAGUUACAUAAAAUGUACUUAACUGUUUUCAAUUUCGACUAAGUAUAAUCAAGAAGUUGAGUAUUAAACUGAUUUAUAUGCAUUAUUUCUGUGAAUUUAAUUUGUUUGAAGUGCUUGUUGUUCAUCUAAAAGAACACUUUCAAAGUGAUAUAAAUGUUCGGAAGUAGUCUUUUUGAACGUGGAUUUUUUUGGUUUGACUUUUUCAUAUGUAUGAAGUUAGUACACACUUGGGUAACCUCCUAUUUCUUCUCAUUUAGAGUAGGUUUCAUGCUCUGAAAUGUUUCAUGAUUUAUCUUUUUAAUAGUAAAAUGUUAAUAAUGUAUUUAUUUUUUUUAUCUAAAAAUGUCGACUGUUUAUAUAGAAUUGCAGCAUUUUUUUUAUUUGUAAAAAAACUACUGGUACAGUAUUUAAAAGAAAAUUUUACACGAAGAUGUCUUUUUCAGAAAUAAGUUCUCUCAAUAUCUAUGAACAUUAUCUCUGUUUCUUAUCUCGCUCUAUGAAAUGAAAUUUCUCUAUGGGUCAUUCUAUUUUCCAUAAUCAUUGCAUUUCUUAUGGUUGUUCCAAAAGUGCUCACAUGCAUGUUUAUAUAUUUUUUUUUCAUAUAAAUCUUAGAAUUAAAUUUUGCAUAAUUUUUCCUAUGUACUUUCUCAUCAGAUGCUCAUUACUUUUCAUUUGUAAGACUGUUCCAAAAGAUUCCUACUCCUUUGUGUUUAUCUAGUUAUCAGAGCGCCCUGAAACCUCACAAGUUGAAAAAGUGAGGGAAGUUUCUUGUGAAAUUGCUUGAGUUGGAAAAUUAUAACUAAUUUUGUGUAAAUUCUCAAAAAUGCAUUCUACUGAGCUGUUAGCAGUUCUACUGGGUUUUUGCAGUUUAAAACUCAAAGACUCAAUGAACACUAUUCUUAAAAGGCUGACCAGACUAAAAGAGAUUUUUAAAAAGAAAAUAGGAAGUAUAACUCACUAGAUAGAAUGCAUGAAUGGAAGAGAUUAAAAAAGUUAUUGAAAAUGCAUUUGAAAAAAAUAGCUGUAUUAGCACACUCACAUUUUUCUGCAAAACAAAAAACAUGCUUUAUGCUUGAACUUGAAAACUUCAUCUAUUCUAAUGUAAAUGAGGCUUAAAUUUGCAUACAUUGGUUUCAGAGUGUCAGUAAGUGCCUUUUUAGGGCAAAAGAAAAGAAAAGCUAUGCAAAAAAAACGUGCUGGGUAUAUAUUGUUGUUUUUCUUGAAAAGCUGCAUUUUUUCCCCAUUGGUAUCUUCAUAAUCCUGAUAUAGGUGUAUUCUACUUGUUUUGCAAAUUUGUACUGUAUUUAAGUUAGAAAAAAAAAAAAGUCCACCUGCAUUUUUAUUUAUUAUAGACACAAAUAGUGUUAGGUUGACGAAAAAGUUCAACUGGAUAAAUAUGUUGAGCAACAUAUUUGUAAAAUGAACUAUUAGUUGAACACUCAAUGUUUUUCUUUCUUUUAAUUGCUUACCUAAUUUGCCAUUAUUUCAGUUUGUAGUGACUAUGUUACAAUUAAAUUUUUGUAAUUUCUAAAAAUAAAAAAAAACUAUUAAUGAUUAGAGUAUGCCUGUGUAGAGAUGCUUGAGGCUGGUUUGUUGGUUAAUUGAUAUUGUUACAAAAAUAUUGUAAAAAUCACACUGAUAAAAUUUCCAGUAGAGAAAUAUGUUUUGAAGUUUGUGAGAACCCGGUUAUAGAAUGUUUCUCAACAUUUUUUGUGUCAUUUUACUUUUUUUUUUCAAUUUAUAUUUAACUACUUUUUCUUUUUGUGUCUGUCCAGAGCAGUAAUAAGAGGGCCCAUGAUUGUCAGUUUCAACAUAUUGUAAAUCUUCUGCUUCACUUUACUUAACCAUAAUUGUUCCAUCACAUGAAAAGCCUUCUAACUCGUAUUUAUUAAUUUUUGUGAAGAUAUUCCUAUCGUUGUUGAUGUCUUUUGUGUAUGUUUUAAUUAUUGAGUUUUCCCAUUUCCUUACAUUUAAAUUUUAAAGAUAACCUGAAAUCAUUACAUUCAGUCAUUUAAUUCAAAGAGUUAUUCUAUUACCUAUAAUACUUGUUUUUUAAAAGCAUUUUAGGAAAAAAUUAAUUUUUGUUUCUUUGUUUUAAAGUGUUUCUUUAGUCUAAAAUGACUUCAUCUACAUUUUGAGUAUUUAUGAAUUGAUCCAUUUUAAAAAUAUGUGAAACUCAGCAAUUCAGCAAAAUGAAUGGUGGUUGUGAUGAUUUAUUGAUAAAUAUAUUUUUUCAAUAAAAAUAUUGCCCC